AUGGGUGGGAACCUGAAAAGGAAGAAGACUACGGCGGCCGAUCUGCCAGAAGAGCUGAUCCGCCGGGAAAUACUCACCCGACUCCCGGUCCGAUCUCUGGUCCGUUUCAAAUCUGUAUCCAAAUCAUGGCUCUCUCUAUUCUCCGAACCCCGAUUUAUAAAACAACACUUCAAUUACAGCACCACUCAAAUUCCUAAUGACCGUCUCGUUGCUAGAAGGAAAACCAAAGUCAUUAUUCUUUCCCGCUACGAAGAAAUAGUCGCCCUCGAUUCCACGCAAUGUGUUGAAGUGGUUGGUUCGGUCCGUGGCCUAGUUUGUCUUACUAGUUUCAAUAAGUUAUCGUUAUGGAACCCUGCAACACAUCAAUCCAAGGAAAUCUUCGCACCGGCACGCUUUGCUGAUCGAAAGUAUAACAUAGGAUUCGGUUUCGAUACCGUGAGUGAUAUUUACAAGCUUGUCAUGUUGUCAGAGGAUCUAAGGUUUGCUAGGGUUUACUACUCUAAUUCUGAUGAUUGGAUUAAUAUAUCUGUUCCUCAUAAUGUGUUUACUAAUAUUAGCGGAACCACGUCAACGAAUUCCGUGACUAUUGUAAAGGAUUGUCCUUACUGGACAUGUAGUAGAUACACGAAAGAUUAUAAGCAUAUGAAUGUGACUGCUCUCAAAUUUGAUGCUGUACGUAACGAGUUCAAGUUGAUGCCUGGAUUUUUUUUUGAUAAAGUGCGUGGUUUUGAAUUUUUGGAUAUGAAUGAUCGUCUUACUUUGAUAGUGUAUGAGUAUGACAAAUAUCCUUUUACUAAGCUUAUGCUCAAUCUAUUUUCGUUGGACGGGGAGGAGGGAUGUUGUGUUUGGACUAAGAUGUACACUAUCGGACCAUUUAGUCCUGGAUCUGAGGUGCUACAGGGAUUUUAUAGUGGUGAGAUUGUGUUUCAUGAUCAUUUGGGUAAGUUUUGUUGUUAUAAUUGCAAAACAGAUACGAUUUAUAAGCUCCCUAGUACAUCUUCUGCAACUACAGAUGCUUCCAGACUAAGAUGCUUCAGAUAUACUCCUAGUCUGGCUUUCAUAGAGGGAAUGAAGUCUGUUUUUGGUUUAACAACCCGAACUCGCCGUGCAAGUGUUCAGUAUUACAGAGUUCCUCAUAGAUUAAUCAAUGGUCUUAAACAUUAA